CACCAUUAAACAAACAGUCGUCAUAUUUGCUUGUUUCAAUUCAAGUAGAUGAGACAACCCCACUGGUUCACGCCGCACCUCUGCAUCGACCGCACGGACUGAGGAGGAUGAGGCUCUUUUGGGACUGAUCUCAUGAACCCUGCCAGCGGAUCUACCGUCUAUUUCCAUUUGUCUUGUACCCAGUCAACACUAGCUAUUCUAUGUGUCAAGACCAAUAGCCAGUCACUAUCCCCAAUUUGCACAUCAUGAACUUUGACUCUCUCGCUUCAAAUGGGCCAAUCCUGACUCAUCAAUCAAGACUGAAAUGUGGAUCCGCCCUUUCUGGACAUGUCCGAGACUUCGCCGUAAACUCAUCGUAACCCCAUGACCUCCAAAUUCCAUCACCACCAACAUGGCAGACCCAACAAGUGAUUUGUUCAUCGACUUUGGAGACUUUCAAAAUGCCGCUGAGCCUGAAACCAUCUCCCCUGGCAUUCUGCAGACGUCAACAGCUCCCCCAAAAAUCGGUAAUCGCUUUUCAUCCGAGUCUGUCAAGAUCCUGAGGAAUUGGUUCGCCGCGCAUGAAAGGCAUCCGUAUCCUACCAUCCAAGAUGUCCAGGAUCUUCAAGAGCAGACGAGUCUGAAUAGACAGCAGGUCACGAAUUGGUUUGCGAAUGCGAGGAGGAGAGCAAAGGUUCAUUCCUCGCGGCCGACAUCGCCCAUGUUUCGGAAUGAUGAUUCGGGGAACUCUUCGGGGCAUCACACGCCGAUUGAUACGCCGCGACGACGGGCUACUCCUGCGCCGUUUGAGCAUAUGAAUCCGCUGCAGCGAUGGGCGAAUUCACCGCCGGAGCAUGAGGCUGCGACCGUUGAUGAUAUUUCACGAGCUGUUGCUGCUUUCUCAACGCGACAGGGAAGAUCACGAAGUCAUGGGUCGUCAAUCAGCAGUAGAGGGACGUCAGUGUCGAGCCACGACUCUGGGUCGUACAGUUCUGCUCAUUCGAAACAAUCAUCGACGUCAUUUGACAUUUUCAAACGGCACAGUCGGAGAAGACGAACAAAGAUGAGAAAAGAAGUCAGAACCAAUCUCCUACAGGCGCAGAAUACAUAUCAGUGCACUUUCUGUACGGAAACGUUCAAGACGAAAUACGAUUGGCAGCGUCAUGAAAAGUCUCUUCAUUUAUCGCUUGAGAAUUGGGUUUGUUCACCAAAUGGACCUACGGCAAUACAUCCAGAAGAGGGGCUUCUUUGUGUCUUUUGUGGCGUCAAGAACCCCGACAAGACGCAUCUCGAUGGACAUAAUCAGAGUGCAUGCAUCGAGCGACCGAUUGAAGAACGAACAUAUCAUCGAAAGGACCAUUUACAGCAGCAUUUGCGACUCGUUCACAUGACCAAGUUUCUCAAAUGGCCGAUGGAUGAUUGGAAAGUCAUGACGCAAGAGGUUAAAUCGAGAUGUGGAUUCUGCGGCAUCAAUCUCACGACUUGGGCUAGUAGGGUUGAUCAUUUGGCGGACCAUUUCAAAGCUGGGAGUACCAUGGAGCAUUGGAAGGGUGAUUGGGGGUUUGAGGGAAAGGUUAUUGAGAGGAUUGAUAACGCCAUGCCUCCUUAUCUCAUUCACUACGAACGCAACUCUCCUCUUCCAUUCGCAGCUACAAGAGGUCCAGCAGAUACACCAACAAGUGCAUACGAACUCAUCAAGCUCGAACUAGAGUACUACAUGCGGAAUCGCCACCAAUUUAUAAUGCCACCAGAUCCCGAGCUUCACUUCGAAGCAUGUUCCGUGAUCCUCGGCGCGGAAAUAUCCUCCCCUAACCAAGCGUCGCUAUCCCCAUCAUGGCUAUGGGACUUGUUCAUGUCAGCUACCGAUAUCGCCAACCAAGCUAAACUUCGACCGACGAAGCAGUUAGCUGAGGGCCGGUUGAGUCAGUUAAAGAUCAAUGGAAAGGGAAAUAUAUUUGAGAAUUGUGAGCUAGAGGCAGCGCUGCAGCAGUACAUGACAGCUCAUACAUCCAUGGGCCAUUUCCCAACGGAUUCGGAACUGCAACAGGAGGCGUGCAAUGCCUUGAAUCGGACAGAGACAGCUUCGUCGCAUCCAUCGAGAAGGUUUUUGGACUUUUUAAUGCGGCUUGUUUGGAGUUCGACGGUCUGGCUGGAGCCGUUUCGACAAAGGGCUGAGACUCUUGUGGCGUUGGCGAAUGAGUCUGUUAAUGAUUCUUACUUUCUAUGGGGUCAGACCGAUACAGCUGUGCCGCUGGAUGCAUCGAUGGAGCUGGAUAUGUUGCAGCCUUGGGUUGAGAAUCGAUCUCUGUCUCCUGAAGGAGUACCGGAAAUACCAGCGAUUUCCAUGCACAGCACGCCAGAGUCGAGGACAUUGAUUCGAGAUAAAGUACGAACACAAACGCCAUUCUUUAUCAAUGAUAACAACAGCUAUCGGCGAUUAAAACGAGAACUAUCCCGAUUCGUCAUGACGACAAUGUCUCCCAACAAUCCCAACCGCCAUAUUCCCAGCGAUGACGAACUCAAGUAUCAAGCACGGUGGAUAUUAUACGAUGACGACGAUCCUUGGAACCAAACCCCGGUUGACAACGCAGAGUGGCUACAAGAGUUUAAACGAGACGUUGGACUUCCUACUUAGAUACAGGACAAGCACCCAUAUCUCGAGCAACAGGCUCGCUCUCAAUAGAAAUGUCAAAGUCGAAAAUGUCCAUGGGUAUGCCGAGGGUUGUACACGCGUUGGGAAUGUCGACUAUUCCUGCGAUGGCGCCACGGAUGGGUGCGCAGGAGAGUAAGAGGUAGAUUUGUUCUCCCGAGUAGCCUGCAUUGUCAGUAUGGUUUUACUUGCAACGAAAGUGACUUACCGAAUUGUUUGAGGUAUUCGAUUGCCCGGAGACAUGAUUGUCUGUAGGCUAUGGUUGCAUCCAUGAAAUGCUGCUUUCCAUUCUCGUCAACGGAGAAGCCUUCAAAGAUGAGGUAGCGUGAGGGGCUAAAGGUAGGGCCCAUGUCGCCUG